AUGUUCAACAACAAAACAACCUCCCUUCUGACCCUUGGUCUUUUGGGCCUAGCCUGCGUGCCCUCGGCUGUGGCAGCCCCCCUCGCGGUAGAGGAGCUCGAAUGGCCCACUCAGUACGUGCAGAGCGGCCAAACCUCGACUCGUGUCCUUGUGCAAGGCCAUGGCCCGGCAGUGGUGAUUGUCCCAUCAUAUGGCCGUGAUGGCGGCGACGAUUUCAACGGCCUCACCUCUGCUCUCGUCGACGCCGGCUACCUUGUCCUGCGUCCCCAGCCACGGGGCACUCUGGGAUCGUCUGGUCUUAUGACGAACGUCACCCUGGACGACCUUGCCUCAGACAUAGCCGACGUAAUCGACACUAUUGCAGGCGGUCGAGCAAUUGUGUUCGGUCACGCCUUUGGCACGUUUGUCACUAAGCGUGUCGCGUUGAAUUACCCCGACAAGGUUCCUGCGAUUGUAGUCGCCUCCCCUGGUGGCCAGAAGAUCCCCGAGGACAUUGCCGGCAUGCCUUUUGUCGCUGGCAACACCAGUUUGCCUGUCGCCACGCGCCUCGCGGCUCUGGAGUUGGCCUUCUUCGCGCCUGGCCACGAUGCUCAUAUCUGGCUGGAUGGAUGGUACCCGGACACGCUCGCUAUGGAGCACGGAGCUAUCGAGGCAGCUGGAGACCUGACCAAAUUCUGGGCUGGUGCAAACUCUACGCAGGUUCUCGAACUUAUCCCAGCCGAGGACCCGUUCCAGCCCGAGGAUCAGUGGAACACCACGGCCAACCUGUUCCCUGACCGUGCCGUCUCAGUCAUCAUCCAGAACGCCUCGCAUGCCCUUCUGCCAGAGAAUCUGACGGGUGUAGUCGAAGCAGUAUUGCCGUACCUGGCCCAGCAAUCAACAAGGCUGUGA